AUGGAAGUGCCACAGCAGCAGCCACCGCGAUAUGACCAGGAAGAGGUGGAUGUGAGACAACAGGACACCACCGCAGGGGCCAAUCAGGGCGAACCACGCUCGGGCGGGGUGGAUUUCUCAGUGGUGCAGGAGUCACGAGUGUUGCGUCUUCACGGGCUGCCAUACUCUGUGCAGGAGGAAACCAUUCGCGCCUUUUUUGCGGACUUUGAGCUGGCCGACGAAGAUGCUGUGUUGCACUUCACGGAGGGGCUGCACCGUGGCACUGGUUUUAUCCGCCUGAAGAACGCCGAGGAUGUGGAGGAGGCCAUCAAGAAGCUUCACCGCCACCACAUUGACUCCAACCGCUACGUAGAGGUUACUGCAUCGACCGAGGAGGAGCGUCAGCGGACACUGGAACAGCAAGAGCAGGGAUGCAAGACGCAUGUCCUUCGGCUACGGGGGCUGCCUUUUAAUUCCACAGAGGAAGAUGUGAGGGAGUUUAUCAAGUCCGUCUCAGGUGUCACUCGCGUGGAUAUCUGCCGAGACUUGGAAGGCCGCAACACGGGGGAUGCGUUUAUUCAGCUUGCUACGGAAGAAGAUGUUGAGGAAACAAAGCAGCUUCACAAUAAAACAAUGGGUUCACGCUAUAUCGAGGUAUUGCCAUCCACAAUGUAUGAUCGAGAUGCCAUUAUGCGAGCUGCCAGUUUGCGUGCACGCCGUGAUCGUCGUGGGGCACGUGCUGGUGAGAGUCCUCAGAUGGGUUCUCGCUACUAUGGCAAUGGUGCUGCACCUGGUGCAAUGCAAAUGUUGGCACCGAACUUUUUUGACCCUUUUCUUGCGGCUGCGUGCAUGGGAUAUAUGCCUCAGGUGGCCUUUGGGAAUGAGUUUCAGCAAAACACGUAUGACCGCGGUGGUAUGCCUCAGGGCGCACCGUAUGGGGUCGCGGGUGGUCCCCAACCGCUGUUUCCGAUGUUUCCCGGCCAACCACCGAUGAUGACGCCGCGUGCGCCGAGUGCCCACGUAGUUCGCAUUCGCGGUGUGCCGUAUUCAGCGACAGAGGAGUCCAUAGCGGAGUUCUUUGCAGGGGUGAAGAUCCCGCCUCAGGGGGUUCACAUGGUGUACAACGAGCAAAACCGACCCACGGGGGAGGCCUUUGUGGAACUGGAGAAUGACUCGGAUGUGGUGGCAGCCCUGGAACGAAACGGUGGCGCCAUGGGGAACCGCUACAUUGAGGUUUUUCAGAGUAGCGUGGCGGCGAUGCAGCGGUUAGGAAGUCCACUCACAGGGAUGAACAUGAUGCAGUAUCCUAUGCCGGGUCUGGGCAUCAUGCCACAGUCGUACUGCUGA